UCUUUCUCCAAAUCCCAGAGAAGUCUCCACUAAAACUUUGAGAGCUCUCAAAUUGGAGACCGGCAGGCAGGAAACCGCUCCCAUGCGACGCUGAGGCCAGUGACAAGUCUCACAGUUCAGUUCAUGGCAGCCCGCAUGCCGCCAUGACCGAGAUCUAUCCUUCGCUCGCGCAAUGCGCGAUUGUAGCCGGAGCAUUGAAGAUUCUGCUCUUCCCGGCCUACAAAUCCACCGACUUUGAAGUCCACCGCAACUGGCUUGCCAUCACCAACAGCCUGCCCCUAUGGGAAUGGUACUACGAAAAGGCAUCAGAAUGGACGCUCGACUACCCGCCCUUCUUCGCUUACUUCGAAUGGAUCAUGUCGCAGGUCGCGAAGCUGGUCGACCCUGCCAUGCUCAAAUUGUACAACCUCGAGUACGAUAGCUGGCAGACGGUAUACUUUCAGAGGUUUACCGUGAUAAUCAGCGAGUUGCUUUUGGUUUGGGCGCUGCAGAUGUUCAUUGACUCGUCGCAUGGAGCAUCGAAACGAGCCGCGCAGGCGGCCGCCAUCUCCAUCCUACUCUCGCCGGGUCUCUUUAUCAUUGACCACAUCCACUUCCAGUACAAUGGCGCUAUGUAUGGCAUCCUCAUCGCGUCCCUGGUUUUGGCCCGCAAGAAGUCGACGCUGCUCUGGAGCGGCCUCCUGUUCGCUGCGCUGCUGUGCAUGAAGCACAUCUACCUCUACCUGGCGCCGGCCUACUUUGUCUUCCUCCUGAGGGCCUACUGCCUCUCACCAAAGUCGGUUUUCCGGAUCCAGUUCCUCAACUGCAUGAAGUUGGGCGUCGGCCUUGGGGCAAUUCUCGGCACAGCCUUCGGGCCGUUUGCGCUCAAGGGGCAAAUCCCCCAGAUCUUCAGCCGACUGUUCCCCUUUUCGCGUGGCCUCUGCCAUGCUUACUGGGCACCGAAUGUGUGGGCCAUGUACUCGUUUGUCGACCGAGUCCUGAUCAUCCUGGCGCCUCGGCUUGGAUUGGCGGUAAAGGAGGGCGCGUUGCAAAGCGUCACGCGCGGCCUGGUCGGGGACACAUCCUUUGCGGUCCUCCCGGACGUCACGCCGCGGAUUUGCUUCGCCUUGACACUCCUCUUCCAGACCAUUCCGCUGCUCAAGCUCUUCUCUCAGCCGACGUGGGACAACUUCAUCGGGGCUAUCACGCUGUGCGGCUAUGCUUCGUUUCUCUUCGGCUGGCACGUCCACGAGAAGGCCAUCCUCCUGGUCAUCAUCCCCUUCAGCCUCAUCGCUUUGAAGGACCGACGGUAUCUGGGCGCAUUCCGACCGCUGGCGGUGGCGGGCCACGUCUCCCUCUUCCCGCUGCUGUUCACGCCGGCCGAAUUUCCUCUCAAGACGGUCUACACGGUAUUUUGGCUCAUUCUCUUCUUGAUGGCCUUCGACCGCUUGGCGCCCGCAUCGAGCCGGGCCCGGUUCUUCCUGUUUGACCGCUUCAGCACGCUCUACAUCACCAUUAGCAUCCCGCUGAUUGUGUAUUGCUCACUGGGUCACGGGAUUGUGUUUGGCAAGAGCUACGAGUUUCUACCCUUGAUGUUCACCAGUUCAUACUCGGCAAUAGGGGUGGUCGGGAGCUGGGUGGGCUUCAUGGUUGUGUAUUUCACGUCAUAGGUUGAUGGAAGUUGAGUUAUAGGAGAAAGAUGCAGAAUUGAAAUUUUACCAUCACUUGAUGUCCGCAUCGUCGUCAUAGCGAGCCGAUGGGCCGUCCAACCGUUUAUGGUUAGCGCGCCAAGUUUAAUCGGUUGUUUUUCUCCUGGAACAAGAGGCUGAAAAAUAAGAAAGAGUUCAAGGGAAAAUGACGAAAAGUACGGUCAUCG